CGGGAAAUGCCAGAGAAGAAGCGAGUCAGACUCGAGGAGAAUGACGAUGAGGGAGGAGAUGGACAAAGCAGUGGAGAAGAUGAGUCACGAUGUGCCGCUUCCCCUAUACAAGAGUUGGACGAAACUGAAGAAAUUGAUCGACGCGUGGACAUUUUACCAGGAGAAAUUUUGUCCGAACCAAGAACAUUGGCAACGCGAGAAUGCGACCAUCACGAGUCCCCUCCACUAUUGCCCCGAUGGGCAGAAGAGUUACGACGCGUUCCAAAGCGAAGAAGAAUUGUGCAUGAUGUCAUUACCGUUGGAUCAUAUGGAGAAGCUCAGGAGUCUUAUUUUACUUUGUCUAAGCGCCUUGAAGAACCCAGAGCAGGAUAUGCCUUUGCCGCCAUCUCCUUCCACCUCUCGGGAUGUAGACGGCCGCACUUGCACGUCGUCCACGAUUGCUCGUGGAGCAACGGAACGUGUAGAUGUGUCGCCUUUGCAGGGUUCCGCAGAAGACCAAAUCGCUCUUCGGUUUGGUCUUGUAACACCAAUGGAUGGGACUAUUUCCGCCUCGUCGACUAUCUUAAUAAAGAGCCCCGCCGGUUGGAGUACCUUAAGGUGGCAGGAACCAGUUGGCUCGAACACAUUGGAGCUGAGGUAUUGGAACUCCCAAGACAUUGCAGAUGUGGAACCGCAGGAGCAGUGGAGAAGAUGUGAGAAAGCACACCAUACAGAGGAGUCACUCUUUCUCAUCCUCUCCCAGAACCCGGUCUCGCCGCUGACGAACAUUACUCGAACUCCAAUGUGGUUAGAACGUGCGGACUUGCGAUUUAUACGCCUAGACGACAAGCGCCUGCAACGUGCCAUUCAAGUUUUGAAUGAACAAUUGUGUAACUGGACCACUUUGGACUAUAUAUCUCUGUAUCAAAAGACUAACCCUCUGUUUGACGCACCACAUGGCAACAUUAGCCAAUAUUAUAUGGAUGUACCGUCUUCGUUUGCAGCCAUUGUAGAGCUGUUGGAAUAUCAAUUGGGACCCGACGUUCCAGACUUUGUAACCAACUUGUAUAACCUACUCGAAAGGCACGUACCCAAGAAGAAUUGCAUGGAGAUUGUAUCCCCUCCAAGUGCUGGAAAAAACUUUUUCUUUGAUGCCGUUGUCAGUUUUUAUAUAAACAGGGGCACUAUACACAACUUUAACAAGUAUUCUAGUUUUCCAUUGCAAGAUGCCGUGGGCAAGCGCAUUUUGAUUUGGAACGAACCAAAUUGUGAAUCGAGCGCAUUUGAAACGAUAAAGAAAAUUUUUGGGGGUGAUGUAGACAGUGUAGCGGUCAAGUAUUCGAGCGACAUGACUGUAACACGCACUCCCGUGAUUGUUUUGAGUAACCACGAGACUUUUCCGCGCAUUGCAGCGUUUAACCACAGGAUCUUUAGGUACAGGUGGAAAACUUGUCCACAAUUGCUCAAGUAUGACAAGAAGGUUAAUCCACUUGCGUUGAUUAAUUUAUUUGAUGCCUACCUCGACGAUCACGAAUAUACUGCCACGCGCCGUGUUCAAUAA